AGCGUGCACCUGGAGCAGAGGAAGAACCAGCAGCUGUCUGUCUCCCUCACUGCCUGACCGUACAGUUCCUACAGAGAUGAAAGGUGCAGUGACCAUGGAGGCCACCAGGAGACGUACCCAGCACAGUGCCAAUGGGAGAGAGUCUGAGGAGAGCCAGCAGCCAGCACAGUGGGGGAGAGCAUGGGAGGUGGACUGGUUUUCCCUGACUGCCGUGGUUGGCCUCCUCUGCUUCGCCCCUUUCAUUGUCUUCUACUUUGUGAUGGCCUGUGAUCAGUACCAGUGCUCUGUCAGCCAGCCUCUGUUUGAUUUGUACAGAGGAGACACCACGCUGCUCUCCAUCUGGGCCCGCUCGCCCUCCUUCACCUGGUCCGCCGCCAAGAUAUAUGCCAUCUGGGUGGCCUUCCAGGUGUUCCUGUACAUGUGCAUUCCUGACAUUACGCAUAAGUUUCUUCCUGGUUACGUUGGUGGAGUGCAGGACGGAGCACGGACUCCUGCUGGCCUGAUUAACAAGUAUGAGGUCAAUGGGCUGCAGUGUUGGCUGAUCACUCACGCUCUGUGGGUUGCCAAUGCCCACUAUUUCCACUGGUUUUCUCCCACCAUCAUCUUCGACAACUGGAUCCCCCUGAUGUGGUGUGCCAACAUACUGGGCUACGCUGUGUCUACCUUUGCUUUCAUAAAGGCUUAUCUUUUCCCCACAAACUCUGAAGACUGCAAGUUCACAGGGAACGUCUUCUACAACUACAUGAUGGGCAUCGAGUUCAACCCACGAAUUGGCAAGUGGUUUGACUUCAAGCUUUUCUUCAACGGCCGCCCCGGCAUCAUAGCCUGGACUCUUAUCAAUCUGUCCUACAUGGCCAAGCAGCAAGAACUGUACGGCCACGUCACCUACUCCAUGAUCCUCGUCAACGUACUGCAGGCCCUUUAUGUGUUGGACUUCUUCUGGAAUGAGGCGUGGUACCUGAAGACCAUUGAUAUCUGCCAUGACCACUUUGGAUGGUACCUGGGCUGGGGUGACUGUGUCUGGCUGCCCUACCUCUACACACUGCAGGGUCUGUACCUGGUGUACCACCCAGUCGAGCUCACAAACGCUCACGCCCUGGCUGUCCUGUUGCUCGGCCUCAUUGGGUAUUACAUUUUCCGCUCCACCAACCACCAGAAGGACUUGUUCCGGCGCACCGAGGGCUCCUGCUCCAUCUGGGGCCAGAAGCCAACGUACAUCGAGUGCUCAUACCGCUCCGCCGACGGUGGCGUCCACCACAGCAAACUCCUGACCUCAGGCUUCUGGGGAGUGGCCCGGCACUUCAACUACACCGGUGACCUGAUGGGGUCGCUGGCCUACUGCGCCGCCUGCGGCUUCGGCCACAUACUCCCAUACUUCUACAUUGUUUACAUGACCAUCCUGCUGGUCCACCGCUGUGUGCGCGAUGAGCACCGCUGCAGCAGCAAGUAUGGCAAGGACUGGAAACGCUACACAGACACUGUGCCUUACCGGCUGAUUCCUGGGGUGUUUUAGAGAGGGGAAGAGGAGUGGGAGGAGGGAGGGAGGGAGAGCGGUAGGGUGUGGGCUAAAAUUAAGCUAAACAUGAGCUGUGUGUGUGUGACUUUGUAUGUGCGUGUUGUUUUAUACACAUCAGGAAUACACUGACAACAUUUUAGCACCACAUUUCAUACAUAUAUUUUACAUAGGUGUAGACUGCUGUACACAUGUAAAUGCAGGUACGGACAGUCUAUUGCUGUAUUUCUCUGCCUCAGUAAAGGCACUUUGAUACACCAUUCUGCUGCUUUCGUUAUGCUGUGACCAUUUAACAUAGAUAAACACAUUUUUUUUUAAAAAGGGGAAUAUAUCUUUGUAACUAGUGAGACCAAGCACAACUUAAACCACCUUGGUUCUGCAGGGGAGAAGUUCUAUGACUAUUGUGCACAUUGCCAUGACAUUCCCAGCCUGCCAGUGCAGCUUUGAAUGGGUUAUAUAGCAACUUCAUAAAGUAAUUUGUCAAAUGAGGAAAAAAAUAACCCAUGACAAGUUAGUGAGUAUGAUAGUCAUUUAUCGAGAAAAAUACUGAAACAUUGCUGGUUCAGUUUCUCACAUAUGAUAAUCUGACUUUCUUUUUUGAUUUAUAUCAUUAGAAAUGUAACACUGUAUUUUGUCUGUUGCUUAGAAAAAUAAGCAAUUAAAUGAUGUCACUUGGCACUGAGAUAGCCUGUGACAGGGCCUAUUCAUUAUAUUUGGCAUUUUUAGACUAAAUGAGUGAUUAAAAAUGAAAAACUGAUAUAUUUAUUAAUCAAUAUGGACUAUAAUAUUUUGUUGCUGCCCUACUGGCUUAAUGGACCAAAUGUGAUUGCUGGCUCCACUGACGUGACCUGCCUCAUAAAAAGUUAUGUAAUCUUUGUAUAAAGGUUGUCUGAGUGCUCAGAUUUAUUCACUCAGUCAUUUUCAAGUCUGACUGUAGGGGAAGUUUGUUACGGUUAGGUAAUUGCUUGUCUUGUUGGUGAAAAUGUCCCUCUUUGUGGUUGAGAUGUUGGCAUAAAUCAGCGAUGUUAUAGACAGGUUUAAAGACUCAUUAGACUAUAAGAAGAAAUUCCCAAACAGCAAGGAACAGCCCUUUCUUUUCUUUCUGCAUUCCGAAACUUAACAAGUACAAUCUAGUUAGAUUGUAUUUGCUUUGUGUUAAUCCAGCAUGUAGAGUAGUAGUGGUCUAGCCAUGUUUAAGCUCCAUGCUGAUAGAUCUUUUUCUGUCCAUUCAUCACAUUUGUUUUGUUUGUUUUUGUGUCCUCAUACCAGUACUGCCUUUCUUAAAGUGAUAAAGUAACAAAAUACAUUUUAUUCUAUCUGU